AUGAAAUGCAAAGGGACCUCUCUAGGAACAAGUCGCCCUCGGCUCGUCAAACGGGUUACUGGAACCCAUGUGGCUGCAGCAGUUUCGACUUCAAAACCAGCUACAUUGCACCAAAAACUCUACGGUUUUCACAUUGAACCGCCCUUGGUGAAAGAGCAAGAACCUGAGAUUCCCAAAAAAGAUGCUUUCGCGAAAGUUUUGCGUGGGCAGAUUAUCGCUUUUCUCAGAGGAGAAGGACAGGCUGAGAGCACCGACGCUGAUUACAAGACCUUUUCUGAUGUGUCCAUCGAUGAUUGCGAUUUGAUUUUGGAGGCCAUCGCCGAAGAUGAUAAUCAUCAAUUUAAUCGAUACAAAAUAUCAUAUUCCCCAUCGUCCAAACAGCUGGUCGCAACCCUGCCUACUCCAAUACACGAGAAUCUCCUCAAGCCGUUGCGAGAUGCUAUCGAUAGUGCUCUCGCAUCGCUUGACAUCGAGGGGCUCGGUAACUUUAUAGUCCAGAUGAACUCGACCCUCAGGGGGUUGGGAGAGGCGGGGUCCACAGAGAAAUCCCUUGGUACCCCUGACGCGUUGCUUGAGUUCCAUGAUGAAGACGGAGGGCGUGUGCAGCUUUGGGGGACUGAGGUUACCUUCUCACAGACUCGCGAUGCUGCUAUCGCCAAACUCCAACGUUCCGUCACCCUCAACCCACACAUGCGAGCUGUAACACUAUUCGAUAUCCUGGAAAAUCACCGCCACUCUCCACCAACAGAAUCAUCGGAUGCCUUCAGAAAACUGUCGAAGAAGAAGAAGGUCGUCUCGUACCACAAAUGGCUUCAGAAGGACGAUUCGCCAGUCUUUGGCCCAGUCACAGGCUUUACCCACACUUGGGUGUCGUCCCUCACUGUCGUUGUUUCGACUUGGCUCCGUCCUGAUGACGGGCCAUUUGAUCUCUAUGACCAUAAUCCACGAUACUUCGCAACUGCCCGAUUGUGUCCCGACACAGACAUAACAGGCCUCGAAAACCUGCAGCACCUAUUCCAUCGCACAUUUGCGAGUCUCAGGGAUGCCACCAUCAGCUACAUGGAAGAAGUCAUGGCGGAAGAGGAGUCCAGUGUUUCGUCCGACAACUCUGACGCUGAAGAUGAGUCCAGCGUUGAAGAUAAAUCGGACAUUGCAGAGGUAUCCUCAGAGGAGACCGAUGACAGCCCUGACCCCUUCGAGCUCGUUCGUGCAUGGGUGCCUCCAACGUCGCCUAUAGACUGGAAGGCAAUCAUGAAGCAGUUGCGGAACGCUGCACGGCAGACGGGCUAUACACGUUACUCCACCUACCACGAGAAAUUGAUCAAGCGCACCGCUGAAGAGGCAGAGAUCUCUCCCAGAGCCUCCAAGAGGGCUAAACGUUCAUGA